AAGUCAUUUCACAGCGGUUUUAUGUUUAAGGACACGGCAACAUUUCUGCGUAUUGACCCCGUUAAGGUUGUGAAGGCUUCUUGUUAAAACAUAGCAGGCUAACCUGUUUUUAGCUUGUAUAACACUUAACUACUAGCUUAGCAGCGGGGAAACAGCUAACAUUUUAACGGAGGGAGCAGGCGGCGUCUCGCUGGAGAAAACACCGGAUGAUGGUGGUGCUGCCAGGCAGGUGAAAGGGAUGAAACCCGAAGGUCACCGGUUUAUCAUGGCUGAGAACGGACCGGCGCUGGUCGGUUCGGUGAAACAGGCUCGCUUUUCGGACCGACAGUCGUUCAAGUGUUGGAGCCACUUCCACAGCUUGAUGGGCGGUCUGGACACCCUCAGGCAGAGCGGAACCCUGUUCGAUGUUGUUCUCCUGGUAGAGGGUCGUCCCAUCCAAGCCCACCGUGUUCUGCUGGCUGCCUCUUGUGAUUAUUUCAGGUGCAUGUUUGCUGGAGGCCUCCGGGAAAUGCAGCAGAACGAGAUUCCCAUUCACGGAAUAUCCUACACGGCCAUGGAAAAGAUUCUUGACUACAUCUACACUUCCGAGAUCGAGUUAGACCUAGAGAACAUUCAGGAAAUCCUGAUGGCCGCGUCGCUUUUUCAGCUCGAAAAUGUCAUCAGCUUCUGCUGUGACUUCCUGUUCUCCUGGCUAGACGACAGCAACAUUUUGGAGGUUCUCCACUUGGCCGACGUCUACGGACUGGAGCAUCUCAAAGCCAAGGUCCACUCCUACAUCCUCAGGAACAUCCAGUCCUUGUCUCGGACGGACGUGUACCGGCAGCUUCCCGAGGAGGACGUCUUCAGGGUGCUGAGCAGCGACGCACUUCAGGUGGCCAGCGAGAGCGAGGUGUACGAGGCCGCGCUUCACUAUCACUACAGCCCUGAGGAAGUGGAAACUGACCAGGUGUACUUGCAGGGCAACCUCAGGAUGCUUGACGCUGUCCGUUUCAGCCUAAUCGAGAAACAAGUGUUGCAGAGACUCCACGGCAGACUGAACCCGUGUCCGCUAAAGGACUCCGUUGCGGCGGCGCUAAGAUACCACGAGCAGGAGUUGUUGCAGCCCGCCCUGCAGAGCCCCCUCACUCAGCCGCGCUCCACCUUCCACUGCAUCCUCGGCUUUGGCGGGAUGUUCAGCUCCAGGGUCUCUGCGGACAUGGAUCACGUGUUCCAGGUGUUCCACCCGAGCUGGAGUGAGUGGAGAACUCUCAAAGCGGCUCACGCUCCCCGAAUGUCCAACCAGGGCAUCGCUGUGCUCAACAACUUUGUUUAUCUUAUUGGAGGAGAUAGGAACAACAGUGGCUUUUGUGCGGACAGUCGUUGCUGGAGAUAUGACCCUCGUUACAACAGCUGGUGCUCCAUCCAGCCUCUGCAGAUGCAGCAUGCCGACCACUGCGUUUGUGUGGUGGGCGGCCAUAUUUACGCAAUCGGCGGGCGGGACUACAAGAGUGAGCUGGACUGGGUGGAGCGCUACGACCCGGUCACAAACACGUGGGAGUUUGUCUCUCCAAUGAAGAAAGAAGUGUACGCUCAUGCUGGAGCGGUGCUGGAUGGCAGGAUUUAUGUAGCAUGUGGCCGUAGAGGAAUGGCGUACCUCAGAGAGACUUACUGCUACGACCCUUCCACUGACGACUGGACGGCAUGCGCUGAGGGGCCGGUGGAGCGGGCGUGGCACGGCAUGGCUGCCGCGAACGGGCGCGUGUAUGUCAUCGGAGGUAGUAAUGAUCAUCGUGGAUAUCGGCGUGACGUCCUGCAGUUGGCUUGCUUUGACCCAACACCAAACUCUUGGUCUUUAUUAACCCCCCUCCCAUCCGGACACGGAGAACCCGGCGUAGCCGUGCUGGACGGCCGCAUCUACGUCCUGGGCGGGCGCUCCCACGACAAAGGCAACAGGAUGAAGUACGUUCACAUCUACAACACAGACAAAGGGGAGUGGGAGAACGAGACCAAACUUAGCAAGCGCGUCUCCGGCCUCGCCGCGUGCGUCGCACUCAUGCCGCCCGCCGUGAUCGCUCAGGCCCGCAGCUGGGACCAGUACACCAAGGCUUCGUCGGAUGACCCUGACAUAGACAACUCGGAAGAAUCCAGCGAGGACUGAACCAAACUCACCUGCCGUCCUUACGUUUUUCUGACUCGGAACAGGAAAGAGGACGUCAGCACAUUGAGGGGUCGGUGCACUGAUGACUUUUUGUGCCUCUGGUUGAGCUUCAUAAGCACCUUUGCACACUUUUUUGUUACUUUUUGAAACUCAUGGUACUACACAAUACCCAGAUAUCCUAACCACCUGAAUCAUUCAUCCCAACUGGCUGUGGCUCCUGCCUUUGUUUUAUCUUUAUUUCUUUUUUUUUUUUUAUGUAUCUAUAGGAUUAAUUAAACACAGACUGGUGUUUUCAGCAUUUAAUUUCUGCUAAUUAUGAUGAUUCUCUAAUUGCUGCUUAUAAAAACAUAACAUUUAUGAUUGGAAUGUUACACCAGAAAAAUAAAAAACAUGUUUAAUACAGAAAUGAGGCUUUAAUAAAAGGUUAAUCUGCAUAAUGGCUAUUUUUAAAAGAUAAAGAAGCCUCACUGGAACGCAUAUUCCUUCUUUUUACAUUAGCUGCAGCGCCGAUUGAGCAUAAGCAGUUAUCACUUUUAAAGAUAUUUCUAUGAAUAGGCUAUGAACAAGCCUAACGUUUUCCAUAAAUUUGACAAAGCCUGUCACACUACAAAGUUAUAUCCCAGAAGUUAUUGCAAUAAACGAUAAUAUUGUU